AUGGGCUGGGGCCGUAACAAGGACCCCCUCAAUGGUGUGAAAGAGCCAAAGCUCCAGGGUCUUGCCGGCUGGGUGAAGAAGGCUCCUGGUAGACUGUUGGCAAGCUAUAAGGACCGCUUUAUUCAUGUGGAAAAGACAGAGAUUGUAGUGUAUGAAAAUGAGGACCUGCAGAAGUGCUUAGAGAGAAUUGACCUGGAAAACUAUGACAGAUGUCAAGAAUUAAAGAACCCCUUUAAGAAGAAGCACAGACUGAUACUGAUUCGAUCAAACAAGUCUGGAAAUAAGGUCAAUGAUGUUAAGUUCCAGGCUCAAACAGUAGAAGAGAAGGAAGCUUGGAUCAGAGCCUUUACUGAGGGCAUCAAUCGAGCAAGGAACAAAGUCUUUGAUGAGGUGAAGGUUGAUGAAAGCAGUAAUUUAGAGCAUGUUACUCGAACAAGGCCUAAAGGGAACCGCAACCGUCGGCCACCAACAAGGAUACACAUGAAAGAGGUAGCUGUUGUGUCGUCUGAUGGUAUCCUCCGUUUGGAUCUUGAUCUUGAGGGUGCUGUAAUGCCUAGUGGGACCCAUUAUGUCAAUAUUGAUGGUACUGAGACCCCUAAAGAAGCCAUCAAAGUCCUAAUGCCUUUGAAUGUCACCAAUGCUGAAGACAAACAGUCAAGUGCUGAGGAGAUUAAACCUCAGAAAAACACAAUCAAACCUCCAAUGCCCCCUACCAAAGAGGCUAAACCCAGUUCAGUACCCGAGGAUGAACCCGAUAAGGAUGAUGCCUCAGAGAAAAGGGUCCUGAAGCCGCCUAUGCCUCCAUCUAAAGCCAAGUCCUUGAUCACACCUAUUGAAGAGGUUACAGAGAACACUGAGAAGAUGUCUGAAAAGAGUCCUGAUGCCAAGAAAAAAACAGGUGUACCACCAACCCCACCCAACAAACCCAGCUCCAACAGCCCUAUUAUCAGCCUCACAGAGCCCUCACAGUCCAAACUAAAACCCUGCCCUCCUACCCCCCCAUCGAAAGAGAAGAAGCCCUCCCACCCUGCUCCAGACCAAGGGGUCCAAGGCAAAGAAGAUGAGAAUAAGGAACAGGAUGAUGACAAUAGGAAGGAGACAGAAGAAACAGCUAUAGAAUCAGAUGAGGAUGUUCAUUCAAUUUUCAAAGAAGCCCUGGAGAACAUAAAAGGUGAUGUUAGUCCCAGCACAAAACAGGUUUCUGAAGACGCAUCAAGGGAAUAUGUAAGCAGUGAUUGUCCUCUUGUAACCACCAAGAAAAAGCCAGAGGAACCUGCUCAGUCUGACACACAACAUACGGAAGAGGAGCCAACUAUAAGUCAACCAAAUGAGAGAGAGGACCGUACUGCUUCAAUGCAAAGAGACCCAGAUAACUUUGACAGUUCUCUUCGAGCAGAAGAACACACACACAAUUAUCAAAUCCCCUCAAUUGUCUCUUCUAAUGAACAUCCCACUGACAGUUUUAACUUGAGUCCACUGCUCUGUCACUUACCUGGGGAGAAGAAAAAAAAGGCAGAGGAAAAAUCUGUAGACAGCGGUCAGCAUUCAGACGAUGACAGUGAAGGCUCUGGGAGUGAAGACACACUGGUGGCUUCCACAGCUGCGUUGAGAGGGAGCCAUGCUGAACUGGAUAGCAGUGAGAUAUCUGGACAACAUUCAGACAACAUUCAGGAUAUAACCACACCUCAAGUUAUAUCAAAUGUCUUUCCCUUUCCACACUCAAAGCCCACAAUUCCUCUCAAACCCUCCACCAAGGUCAAGUCAGCUUCCAUUGGAGAUCUGCUGUCAGUCUCUUCCGUCAGUAUUCAGGUGAGACAGCAUACCAGAGCUGUGGCUCAAAGAAACUCAUCUCCAACAGAUGAUGUCAUGAAACUUGAGACUGAAGUGGCUCUGGAAAUGGAAAAGACGGAUGAGCUCCUGAGCAGAAUGUCCCAGUUCCAAGAUAAAGGUGACAGUGAGGGCAAGCCAGAGAAUCUGCUGGCAGAGGCCAUGGAGAAGUUAAGGAAAGCUGACCAUGUCCUCAGGGAGGUCAAAAAACUGAGACUUGCUAAGAACUCAAUCAAAAGAAUGAGCUGGUGAAUGACAGUCAUAGCAGCUUAACAGGGAAUUGACCAUUUGCUAAACGCAUCACCUGGAUAGUUAUUGUUCAGUUAUAGCCUAGCAGAUUAAAAUAGGCACAGCAGCCCUGCUAAAUCUCUUCACCUAUAGUUUUUAAUCUGGGAAGGCUAAGAAAAACACAUAAGACACAAGAGAAGGGUACGAGAAACAGAUUUAACAGGUGUCUGGUCCAAGUUGUCUGUCAAACCAUUUUGUGUUUUUACGGAUUAUAAAAGGUCCUGCUCAUGACUUUCAUUCACUUUGUAUUAUUUCCCAGUGUGGAGAUUAGUGUGGAGCUUUGUCCCUCUAUUUAUCAAAUUCAGAAAAUGUAUCACUCCCAUAUCCCCUGCUAAUUUUACCUGAGUAAGUAUUUCAUUUUUCAAAUCCAUCCUAAAAGUCUGUCCCUUGUAAGCAACGGAGCCGGCCCUAGCCCCAACGCCUCGGUACCGAUCUAAUGGCUAUGCUUGAAGAUAGUGCCUUGGUUGUUACAGCUAUAAUCCAGAAUCAUCAUCAAACCCCCCACUUGCUCGCAGUGACUUCAGCAGGGGAUUCCCUGCUGUGCGCCCAGAUCGGAUUCUGCAGACUUUCUGUGGACUUUAUACUUGGGGGACAGGCAGACAAAGUGUACAGAAUGUCUGGGGGCUCUCACUUGGAUUCACACAUACACAUUCCAGAUAAAAUGAUCUCUGGAGUUCAGUGCAUUUGCAAGUUACAGAUUCAAAAUUGCUCAGAAAUUCUGGAAACUAAAUUUGACACUGUUAUCACUGUAAAUUCCAUAUGUUCUAUAUGAGUGGCACGACUGACUUUAGGAAUGUUAGCUAAAUGGCUCAGGGCUUAGUAAAUUGUUAAUUAAUUUACGUGUUUGGCUUUAUGGCUCUUUUAAUGGUUAUGGAACAUGCAACAAUUUGCUCAUUAUUAACUAAGUGCAAUUAUUUCUAGCUUACCUUUCUCUACAGCUGAGCAAGGUGCUUAAUUUACUACUGUAUUCUUUCUUUUUUCUAUGUGAAAUACCAGAUAUUUACAUUAUUACUUUCUUAAAAGCUAACAUAAGAAAUGAUAACAUAACGAUAGUACACAUUACAAACUAAAAAAGUAAUAAAACAUGUUAAAACUAAAUUACACAACUGUAAUGGAUACUUUGAAUAGGGAAUUUAUGCUGUACAUAUUUCCACUACAGGACAUGCUGUUUGUUGAGGAAAACAUUUACCAACAAAACCCUAUUUUAUUUUUUUAUUCUAUUUUUAAAUGAUAAUGUAUCUGUUCAUUGUAAUCAAGUGAUUGAGCCAAUGUUUUUUAUGUUUUGUUAUCAAAGCAUUGUAUUCUACAUAGAUUACAGGCUCUCUUUAUGAUUUUUGUAAUACUGAUAUUGUGCAUAAUACAGAAAAAAGAGCCUUAACAGCCAUUUUGGCCAUUGACUAUUACAUUUUACACAAAUUAUUAUCAUUAAAAAUAUCUGCUUGUCAACUCUGUUUCUCACAGCUAAAUUCCCCUCUUUUUAUCCAGUGCUUUGUUAAAAUACAUAAUGGUACUUUAAGGCCUAUUUUAAAUAAUGUCAUGCCAUUAAGAGCAUGUAAGAAUAUUUUUGAACAUUUGAUAUCAUUUUGUACUCUUGGAUAAAAUUUGAUGUCACCUAAAUAA